AUGGCGGACGCUCAGCUUAACGAUUUCCCUUCCCUCUUCUCCGUCAAGGGCAAGGUUGCUGUCGUGACGGGUGGAUCGAGAGGAUUGGGUUUGAGUGCUGCUUCUGCCCUCCUCCAAGCCGGCGCCUCCAAAGUCUUCAUAUCCUCCCGCAAAGCUUCCGCCUGCGACUCCGCCGUCAAGACCCUCAACGCCCUCCCCGGUCUCUCCCCCGGCGCCAAGGCCAUCUCUAUCCCCGCCGACGCCGCCACCAUCGCGGGCGUACAACAUUUGGUUGCUGAAGUCGCCAAACACACUGACCACAUCGACAUUCUUCUCGCCAACGCUGGAGCGACAUGGGGCGCCGCCUUUGACGAGCACCCGGAUUCGGCUUUCGCCAAGGUCAUGGACCUGAACGUCAGGGGAGUGUUUAACACCAUCCGGGAGUUUGCGCCCCUUUUGCAGAAGAAUGCCAGCGUGGACGAGCCUAGCCGCGUGAUCAUCACUGCGUCUGUUGCCGGCUUGGGCAUCGGGACCAUUGGCAAGCAGGGCACGUACGGGUACAGCGCUUCCAAGGCGGCGGUGAUUCACUUGGGGAGGAAUCUGGCGGUGGAGCUGGGGCCCAGACAUAUCACAGUGAACAACAUCUGCCCGGGCUUCUUCCCGACCAAGAUGAGCAACGGCUUGUUGGAUAUGAGCGGUGGCAAGGAGAGCAUUGCGGCGGCGAACCCGAUGAAGAGGCUGGGAAGGCCGGAGGAUAUCGCCGGUGUUGUGGUGUACCUGGCGAGUAGGGCGGGUGCGCACGUGAAUGGUGCGACGAUUGCGAUUGAUGGUGGUGCGAUGUGGGCGAGGGGACAGUUGAAUGUGGAGGAGAAGGCGAAGUUGUAA